CUUGGUGGUAACUAUUACCUUAUAUCUUUCGGUUCUUUACAAUUCUGGAGCCGGAGCAGCUAUUAAUCAAGCUGAGCAGACAAAAGCCGAGGCUUUCCUCGAGUAUUACAACGCUUCAAUACUGCAAUGGAAUAACAAAAGGUUCACAGCUUUGUGGAACGAGGCAACCAACAUAACGAAGCACAAUCGGGAAGUUACGAUCAACACAAGUUUAGAAUUUGCAGCAUUUGAGACCUCUAUGCGUAAAAAAGCAUCGCAGUUUAAUAUCAGUCAACUGGAAGAGGAUACGGCACGCCAGUUAAAGCUUAUCACAUUUUCUACUCAAUUAAAGAACGCGACCGAACUCAAACAAAAGGAGGCACUAGCAGCUGAAAUGAACACCAUUUAUAGCACAGCAAAAGUCGGCAAUAACUCACUUAUGCCUCAUUUGGUUAGAUUAAUGGCAAAUUCACGUGACUAUAACGAACUUCUCCACAGUUGGUGGGGGUGGCGCAAUGAGUCCGGAAGAAAAAUGAGACAGAUUUACAAGGAAUACAUAGGUUUAACGAAUAAAGGUGCAAAAGAGAAUGGUUACACUGACCGUGGGGAAGCGUGGCGUUUGGCUUACGAAGUUGACAACUUUGCUACUUUGGUGGAGCAGUUAUGGAAAGAAUUGAAGCCAUUUUAUAUAGAAAUCCAUGCUUAUGUGCGGUACAAGUUAGCAAAGGCUUAUCCAGGCAAAGUUUCCGAAAAAGAUUAUAUUGAAGCCCACUUGUUGGGAAAUAUGUGGGCGCAAAACUGGGUGAAUAUAUUCGAUAUAGUUAUGCCUUACGAAAACAAAUCCAACCUGGACGUAACGUCGAAUUUGAAACUGGAUAGUCGGUAUAACACUCCUAAGAACCUGACGCGAUUGGCUGAAUCGUUCUUUGUGUCUCUCGGAUUAAAAGAACUGCCUCAAAGUUUUUACGAAAAAUCGAUGUUACAGAAACCGAAAGAUCGCGAAGUAGUAUGCCAUGCAUCAGCGUGGGAUUUCAAUUUGUACAAGGAUGUCAGAAUCAAGCAAUGUGUUGAAAUAACACAUAAUCAUUUGGUAACACUUCACCAUGAACUCGGCCAUGUACAAUACUUUCUUCAGUACUGGGAUUUACCUGGAGUCUAUCGCACAGGAGUGAACCCGGGAUUUCAUGAAGCCGUUGGAGACUUGAUGUCGCUCUCUGUCGACACUACCACUCACUUAGAAAUACUUGGUUUGUUGAAAAACUAUACAAGUGACGAAGAGUCUGAUAUUAACGUCUUGAUGAAGAUGGCUUUGCGAAAAAUAGCGUUUCUACCAUUCGGUUAUCUUAUUGACCAAUGGCGAUGGAAAGUUUUCAGUGGUGAAAUCAGCGAGAGGUCUUACAAUGUAAAAUGGUGGAACCUGAGAAAAAAAUUUCAAGGUAUUAAACCUCCUGUGCCAAGAAGUGAAGACGACUUUGAUCCUGGCGCUAAAUUCCAUAUUCCUAAAGAUGUACCAUAUAUUAGGUAUUUCGUAAGCGCCAUCUUACAGUUCCAAUUUCACAAGGCAGCGUGCGAUGCCGCUCAAUUCAAAGGGCCUUUAUUUAAGUGCUCUAUAUAUAAAUCCAAGGAAGCAGGGGAAAAGAUUGCAGCCAUGCUGGCGAUGGGUAAAAGUAAACCAUGGCCGCAUGCCUUGGAGAAAAUGACAGGAAGUAAAGAAAUGUCCGUUGCCCCAAUAAAAGAAUAUUUUCAACCACUCCAAGACUGGCUGGUGAAAGAGAGAUGUAGCAAGAAGUAUUACAUAGGUUGGCCUGGGCAGCCUGCUGAUGGUGCCAAAGAAUGCAAAACUUCCACCGCAGAGCCAACCAUACAAGAAAACAGUGGGCGUGCACUACAAAAUUGCUUUCCGAGUUUUUUGCUUACCUUAACCGGCUUACUCCAUUUAGUGGCUUGGAUGUAACAAUGGAAAAACCAAAGAAUAAUUCCGUUUAAUAACUUAGUGGACGAAGGCUUGUACCAACUAGUUUACUGUAUAUAUAUAUAUAUAUGGUGAAUAGAAUGCAUACCAAGCAUACCAUA